AUGUCGUCACGAUCAUCUCAAGAUCACAGUUGGUCACCCAACUACAAUCAGCACAUGGCUGAAAAUGUGUCGAAUGGAGUCACAAAUGAACACCUGGCGAUCAAUCUACUACAGACACAGUUAGAAGUGUCGAGUGUGAGGGAAGAGAUUGCAAACGACCUUCGUGAACUACGACGCAAUCUCACUAGAGAGAUGGACACCCUAAAUCAUGAAGUCGAUGAUGUUAAAGCAAGAAGGCAACUCGAUCUAUCUAACAUGGUUGCUGAUUUGAAGAAUCAUUCCUGA